AUGCUCGAGCUUACCAUUCAUGUGAAGGAAAGAACCAUAGAGCUAAUAAUGUCUACCGACGAAAUUCUAGUCCUAAGAGGCACCUUGGAGGGCCACAAUGGCUGGGUUACAUCCUUGUCCACCUCCCCAGCGCAGCCAAACAUGUUGCUAUCUGGUUCCCGUGAUAAGACCUUGAUCACGUGGAAGUUGACCGGCGAGGACCAGCAGUACGGUGUGCCUGUCAGAUCCUUCAAGGGUCACUCCCACAUUGUCCAGGACUGUACCGUGACCCACGACGGUAAGUACGCUUUGUCUGCGUCUUGGGAUAAGACCUUGAGACUAUGGGACUUGCAGUCCGGUAAGUGUAUCAAGAGAUUUGUUGGCCACAAGUCCGACGUUAUGUCCGUCUCUAUCGACCCAAGAGCCACCCAGAUCGUGUCUGCCUCCCGUGACAAGACCGUGAAGGUGUGGAACACUGUUGGUGACUGUGUUGUGACCCUAUUGGGCCACAACGACUGGGUCUCCAACGUCAGAAUUGCUCCAAGCGAGAAGUCCGAUGACGCCGUUACCGUCAUCUCUGCCGGUAUGGACAAGGUUGUUAAGGUUUGGGACUUGCAGUCUUUCACCAUCGAGGCUGACUUCAUCGGUCACAACAACUACGUGACCACUGUCACCCCAUCUCCAGACGGAUCCAUCUUCGCUUCUGCUGGUAAGGACGGUCAAAUUAUCUUGUGGAACUUGAACGAGAAGACUGCUUUGUACACCUUGGAUGCCAAGGACGAGGUCUUCGCCGUUGCUUUCUCUCCAAACAGAUACUGGUUGACCGCUGCCACUGCCUCCGGUAUCAAGAUCUUCGACCUGGAGGAGAGAACCAUCGUCGACGACUUGAAGCCAGAGUUCGCUGGCUACAACAAGGCUCAGGACCCACACGCCGUCUCUUUGGCUUGGUCUGCUGACGGUCAAACUUUGUUUGCUGGUUACACCGACAACAUCAUCAGAGUUUGGCAGGUCAUGACCGCCAGCUAA